AUGCCGAUGGUUGUGUCUAUAGGCUUCUCUUUAGAGCCUCCGCACUUCGCGAGCAGGUACCCAGUUAGCGACUCCGUAAUAAUUUCAAUAACACCACCUCCUCCCCCGCCUCCACAGCCUCCGUCGCUCAGCGGUCAGAAUAGCACCUCGGUUGCCGACUCCGAAAAGCCUACCGCCGACAUCCAUCACCCCGUUCGUUCGUCUCACGCAGUGGGAACCGAGACAGCGAAUGACUGCCGAUUAUCUCUCGCUUUUGAAUACCUCUGCCACAUUAGGUCCACUCACGGGAGUGUUCGCUGCGUUGCCGCGAAGGUGCGGGGGUCGCGUGAGUGUCUGCGACGAGUUUCCUUCAACAGUGAACAAAGUUGGUGCGGUUCAUGCGGCGGCCAGCGGCGUUCACUCGUCGUCUGCGUCACCAUCGUCACCUAUACGACAUUUUAUCGUUGUUGCUCUGUCUCGCUGCCGUUGACGUUCCGAGUCGCCGCGCAAUCACCUUCUUUUCCUUCCCCGCCCGUUUCCUGUGGGCCUAUUCUAUCUACAUUCACUUUCAUCUUCGUGGUCAUUUUGCGCGCCUCCGCAGUCGGUGAUUUCUCCGUCAGAGAUCCGACAGUAAACGAUGGUGACACGCGAUACGCCGAGGUUUACUUCAAUGACCAGGCGGUUAGCCUGCGGGAAACGAGAGUUCGGUUCCGUGUGGAGUAUGGUUACAAAGCUGAAAAUAAAACGAAUCGACCGAAUGGCAACACCAAAAUUGGAGCCUUCAACUUAAUUUGGCUCAACACAGGAAAACUCACUCGGUCUGGUCACAUCGAUAGCUCUUUCUCAAUUCGAGGGACGGGUGGCAUAAAGUCACGCAAACGGAGUGAUAUGUCUGUGAUGCCACUAGAUAUAAGCGCACUGCACUUAUGGUAUCAGCGGGGACUUCGCCCCGGAAUUCUUGCAAGCUUCAAGCCCCCACCCCCGAAUGGAGCCCGUGCUCGACUCUUAGCCGGUGACCUUGCCGGGCGGGGAUUUUCACCAUGGUGGUACGUCUGUCAAACGGUAACUACUAGAGGAACAGCGAGAUCAGAGCAACGGUUCGCUCGAACGAGGGGUGGUGCUGCGCCGCCUCCGCACGAUAACGGUUCAAAGUUUCUAAGCCGGAACAGCGACCGGUGUCGUCAGGAUAUUACGUAUGACGUCUCUUCUUUUUACUCCGGAGCUUGCCAUAGCGGGCUUUGA